AUGGUGAAGCCAACAAGAGGAUUGCGCCAAGGAGACCCGCUUUCGCCUUAUAUCUUCAUACUCUGUAGCGAGGUCCUCUCAGGCCUGUGCCACAGAUCACAAGAGGAGGGGAGGCUGCUGGGGAUAAGAGUAUCGCAGAGAAGCCCUAGAGUGAACCAUCUGCUCUCUGCAGAUGAUACGAUGAUCUUCUGUCAGGCGAACCAAAAAAGCGGUAACGAGCUAUUGACGAUCCUCAAGAAGUACGAGAGUGCAUCGGGACAACAGAUAAAUCGACAAAAUUCAGCCAUCACGUUCUCGGCAAAAACGAAUAAUACAGUGAAGCAGCAGGUAAAAAAUGCCCUGGGAAUACAACAAGAAGGAGGAAAUGGGAAGUAUCUAGGCCUUCCAGAGCAUUUUGGCAGAAAGAAGAAAGACCUCUUCAGUCGCAUAGUGGAUAGAAUCAAACAGAAGGCGCGGAGCUGGUCAACAAAGCGCCUCUCUUCAGCUGGAAAGCUUACCAUGCUCAAAUCCGUCCUAGCCGCGAUGCCAACUUACACUAUGACCUGUUUCAAACUACCUGUAUCGUUGACAAAGCGGAUACAGUCAGCUUUGACCAGGUUUUGGUGGGAUGGGAACGAUGAACAAAGGAAAACUAGCUGGAUAGCGUGGACAAAAUUGGUUAAAUCAAGAAAAGAGGGAGGGCUAGGCUUCAAAGACUUACAAUGUUUCAACAAUGCGCUUUUGGCAAAGGUGAGCUGGCGGAUCCUCACAAAACCGGAUUGUCUUCUCGCACGAAUCCUACUGAGCAAAUAUAGCCACGACACCACAUUCCUGGAAAGUAGAACCCCGGCAAUGGCAUCCCAUGGUUGGAGAGGGAUCUGUCUGGGUAGAGACCUGCUCAAACCACAUGUGGGAAAGGCAAUUGGAGAUGGGAGAGAAACCAGGAUAUGGAAUGAUGCCUGGCUCUCACUGGAAGAGCAACAGAGACCAAUAGGACCACCUCCUGAAGCGUCAACAGAUAUGUUAGUGGCGGAUCUAAUGACAUCAAACACAAAGAGGUGGGACAUAGAGAAGAUACGAAAUAUCGUCCCGAGAGCAGAAGCAGACAUCAGGGAAUUAAAGACAAGCAAAAGGGGAGCAGCAAGAGAUUCUUACAUCUGGCUGCCAACGGAGACAGGAGAGUACACAGCAAAGUCCGGCUACUAUGAAUGUCUGAAACAAAACCCGGAAGAGAAAAUCAACGAGCAGGAAGCCCAAGGAGAAAGAUUCAACUGGCUAAAAUCCAUUUGGAACAUAAGAAGCUCACCAAAAACGAAGAUGUUCAUGUGGAAAGCAAUGAACGGAGCACUGCCGGUGGGUGAAACUCUCAAAGCGAGAAACAUCAACACUACGGUCCGGUGCCCAUAUUGUGGAGAGGAGGAAACAACAAUGCACCUGUUUUUCCACUGCAGCUUUGUAGAACAAGUAUGGAGGUUAGUGCCCUGCAAAGACCAAAUUGAUCCAAUGAGCGUACAAGACAUACAAGCAGGGAUCGAAUUGGCACCACAUAUCAUUUGCUUACCACCUACGGGUAUUGGUGAGGGCCCUCUCCUUCCUUGGCUAGUGUGGAGGAUCUGGAUCGUGAGAAAUCUGCUUAUCUUCAAAAGAAAGAGCCAAUCGGCAGAGGAGAUUGUGACCCAAGCAGUGAGCUAUGCGAGAGAAUGGCAAGCGGCACAACAAAGGAAGAGCAAGCAAGAAACGAAGACACCCAACCAAUUCCGCUCCAUCAGACAGAUCCCAAGAGGAAACUGGACGACAUUCAAAUCGGAUGUGGCAUGGAAAGAGGAGAAUAAGGUAGCGGGACUGGGAUGGAUCAUCUACAAUGGAAUCAACACCAACAGAGAGGAGAUUUUGCUCCAGGGAUCGAGCACACAACGAUUUGUCAAAUCGCCGUUAUCAGCUGAGGGGUUGGCUCUACUCACGGCGCUUCACAAGGCAAAGGACCUUGGAAUCAAAAACCUCAUCGUCGCCUCAGAUUCGCAGCAGCUAAUCAAGGCUAUCAACAAGGAGAUCUCCACAAAAGAACUCCACGGGAUUCUUCACGACAUCCUGGAUUUGGCUUUAGUUUUUGAGAAAGUACUUUUCGUUUAUGUUCCACGAGAGGAGAAUCGUCAAGCAGAUGUUUUGGCAAAACAAGCUUUGAUCGAUUUUGUAAUCUGA